AUGAUGAAUCGCGGUCCGGGUUACUGGAGAGGCUUCAGGGGUUCCCGAGCAGCGUUUAAGAAGCAGGCCAAGUUCAAGGCGUGCCAGUCGAUACUUCUCUGCAUUCUCGUCUUCUUUGUUAUUCAUGUGAUUUUCACAUCGUCCAAGAGGUCCGCAUCAACGCAGGCAGUGAACAAGCUCAAGAGCCUCACCAAGAGACUGCCUGAGGCAGGGGCGAGCAGCCGUUUGGCCACGGCAACACAGGCCAUCCAUCAGGAGAUCAGUGCGAGGAUCACUGAAGCCACGAGCAUCACAGCAGAUUCCCAGGCAGCUUAUGGCGACCCAGGUGGCGCUGGGGGGAUGGCCGCGGCGGUGGGGGAAGGAGGAGCGCGCAGAGGAGGAUUGGGCGGAGGGGGGAUGGGGGGAGGGGGAUUCGGGGGAGGGCAGGGGACAGGUGAGGUGACGGGAGGUGUAGCAGGGGUAGCGGGAGAAGGUAGAGGGAAUGGAUUGAGAGGAGAUGCAAGGGCAGAGGCAGGGCGAGGAGCAGAGGAGGGGAGUGAGGUCGAGGUAGAGGAGGAGGAGGAGGGGGACGGGGCUCACCACAGGGACCGAGGGUGGGAUGACAGUAGAGGGCGGGAGGAGGGCGCAGGGCAGCAGGAGAGGGGUGGGAAACAGGAGGGCGGAGAGCAGCAGGAAGGGAGAGGGCAGCAUGAGGGGCAUGGGCAGCAUGAGGGGCAUGGGCAGCAUGAGGGGCAUGGGCAGCAUGAGGGGCAUGGGCAGCAUGAGGGGCAAGGGAAGCAUGAGGAGGCGGCAGGGGACGGGGCGGAGGGGGAUGACGUAGAGGAAGGGCAUGGAGAGGGGAAAUCGGUGGAGGAGAAGCAGCGGGAGCUGGAGCUGCUACAGGGGCUGCUUAAAGCGGAGAUGGAUGCGCAGGGUGGGGGGAGAUAUGGGGGUGAGGGGACAGAAGGCCAUGGGGGGAAGGAGGGGAAUGAGGGGAAUGAGGGGAAGGAGGGGAAUGAGGGGAAAGGGUCAGGUGGGAAGGAAAGGGAUGAUGAGGAGGAGGAGGAUCCGGAUGAGACGGAGCAAUGGGGGGAGGGGGGCGAACGAGUGGGCGGAACGGGGGAAAAGACUGAGAGGGAGAAGAGCAUGAGGGAAGGAUCGAGGGAUAAUGGUGUGGGUGGUGGUGGUGCUGGGGUUGGUGGCAAGUUGGCGUCCGAGUCGACAGGGAGGGCAGCAGUGGGAGGGGUUGGGGGAACAGCACGGGCAGAUGGUGGUGGGGUGCGUGGAGGAGGGAAGUACGAUGAGUGGGAGGAGGAGGGGGCGCUGGCACACUCACAGGGCAUGGAGGAAGGGCGAGGCGCAGGGGCUGCUAGGGAGAGAGGGAACGGCAGGGAGAUAGGGCGUGAGGAUGCAAGAGGGAAGGAGGAGGGGGAAGGAAAGGCGGGGAGUAAGGGCGAGAGUGAGAGUGGGAGUGAGCAUGAUGAGAUAGCGUCGGUGCUGAGAGCCAUGGGGCAUGCGGUUGGGGAUGAUGGUGCUGAUGCUCAUGAUCGUGGUGUGAAGCCGGCGGAGGACCAACAGUCAGUGCACGAAGGGGAGGGAGUGAGGGAAGAGGGAGCAGACGAGGAGGGAGGGGGAGAAGAGGAGGAAGGCACGUCGGUGGCAGUGGAGAGAGGGCAGUCGGACCAGCGCAAGCAGCUCAUGGAGCAGGAGGCUGCCCGCCGCAGCGUGCCAGUGGCAGGGCACAGAGAGACAGCAGCUGCAGAUGCAGGGCUGGUGGGCGACAGAGGUGGGGCAGGAGAUGCGGCACUGGUAGGAGACAGAGGGGCGGUAGGGCAUGCAGGGCAGGUGGCAGGCGUAGUGCAGGUGGGAGAUCCAGGGGUGGGAGGAGACGUGGGGCUGGUAGGGGGUGCUGGAAGGAGAACGGACGGAUCUUUGAGUGGAGAGACACGAGCAGCUGCAGCAGAGGCAGCAGCAGCAGCAGGUUUAGCAGGAGGGGAAAGAACAGCAACGCAGGCAGUGACAGGAUGGGGCGGGUUGUCGAGAGGAGAAGGCGUUUCAAUGGCUUCUUCCCUGCGCAAGGAAGGGGGGCUAGCUGAGACACGUGCGGGGGCAGGUGCGACUGGGGCAGGUGCGACUGGGGCAGGUGCGACUGGGGGAGGUGCGACUUGGGCAGGGUUGACUGGUGCAGGUUUUACUGGGGCGAGUGUGACAGGGAGACAGCAAGAGACUUUUCGAACAGAACAUGCAGAGACAAGACAGCAAGGCGUGUCUGGGUGGGCUGGUUUGUCCGUUAGCGGGGCAGGUUCAUCUGUAGGCGGGCGGGUGGACGAAGAGGAGGCUCGGAGGGCGGAGCUGCAGCAGCAUGGGAGGGCACAUUCGGUGGAGGAAGGGGAGAGGCAACAGGGCGCUGCAGAAGCAGGACAGGGCGCUGCAGAAGCAGCAACAGCAGGAGUUAAAGCGGUGAAGGUGGAGGAGGAGAGGGGGAAUGUGCAGGUGCCGGUAGUUGUGAUUGUAUUGAAGCCUCGUGUGGGCAAGUGUGCUCCUGGCACCGCACUGCACCGAGUGCUGCAGCAAGCCCGGCAGCGCAACAGCGAGGUGCAUCUGGUGGGGCCGAGGGAGUGUGCAGCAGCAGCGGGCGGCCUGGGCGUGGCAUUCACGCGCUACGCCCUUUUCAACCAAACCAUUUCCACCUUCCGCUCAUCGUUUGGCACUCCCCGCACCGACCUCGUGCGCUGGUUUGUGCUGCAUGCCUACAUGACUCGCAACAGCCUCUCCCACGCCCUCUACCUCUCGCCAGACGUCCUUCUCUUUGCCAACGCCACCGAAGCUAUCAACCAGCUGUACCUCCCCCACGAGCGCCACAUGCUCCUCCCCCAGCCCUUCCCCGGCACGCGCCCCCCUCGCCGCGCCACCGCCCCCCCGCACACUCCCAUGGAGGCACACACAGCAGCGUGGUCAAUAGAAGGACUGGCGGACUUUCUGAGAUUCGUGCGUGUGUUUGUGGCGCAAGGGGUGCUGGGUGGCGGGGAGGAGACUCCUGCAGAGCGACUAAAGAACCCGGACUACUCGGAUGCCACCAUGCUGGGGUGGUACGCCCACCAUGCCUGCUGGCACGCCCCUGAGAACGCUGAGGCCUCCCCUGCAUGCGCCGCUGAGCCGUGUUGUGGGAUCACUCCCGAGAGGGCUGCCAGGCUGGCUGGCCGCUUCACACCCCGGUUCAAUGUAUCGAGCUUGCUGCAGCCUCGCCGAUGCCAAGCUACAUCGUGCUGUCAAGCAGUUCGGUUGACGGUGACGUGCGCAGCGGGGGGAGGCGCAGCGGGUACCGGCGGAGCGGGAGGGGGAGAGUCAGGCGGGGCGGCAACGUCGACGAGCGACUCCUUCCUGGGGAUGUGGAAGCGCGCGCAGGAGAGGGAGCGCGAGGCGGUUCGCGAGGCCGAGGCGCGGAAGCGCGCGGAAGAGCAAGGCGCGGCGCCAGCGGCAGCGCAAGCGGCGGGGCAGGAGCAGGGGAAGCAAUCUGGGGAGAGCGCGGAUGUGGUGAAGAAGCGCGAGGCGCAGUUCCUUCAAAUGCUCGAGGUACCGGGGUGUGGCACUAUCGAGUGCUAUCCAGUUGCGCGCGGGCAGUCCGGGGCUGACCGCACAGUUGCGCGCGGGCAGUCCGGGGCUGACCGCACAGUUGCGCGCGGGCAGUCCGGGGCUGUCCGCACAGUUGCGCGCGGGCAGUCCGGGGCUGUCCGCACAGUUGCGCGCGGGCAGUCUGGGGCUGUCCGCACAGCUGCGCGCGGGCAGUCCGGGGCUGUCCGCACAGUUGCGCGCGGGCAGUCCGGGGCUGACCGCACAAGCAAAGCUGCUAUCUUGUAUCUCUCUUUCCGCCCCCCCUUCCGCCCGUCCCCCUGCGCGCGUACGCAGGUGCCCAAAGAGGUGCGGCAGGAGGCGGAGCGGAAGGCCGUGGUGGAUCGCGCAGCCGCGGCGCUGGCGGCGGCGCAGGCGCUACUGGUGGAGGCGGAAGAGCGCGCGCGCAAGGACCGGCAGGCCUCGCGCGGGCGGCGGCUGGCGGGCGCGGGGGAUCAGGGGGCGGCGAGCAGCGUCUGGGGCGGCAAGUCCUUGUCUGUAGUGAAGGAGAAGGGCGGGAAGAAGGGCGGGGAAGGAAAGGGGACGGCAGGGGGAGCAGCGGCAACGGCUAAACCAGUGGGUGGUUCUGCUGCAGGCGCCUCGUCAGGUGUUUCUUCAGGUGGUUCCAGCAGUCCGGGGCCCAGCUUCUGGGAGUGGGCGCCCCCAUCCGACACCACCCCCUCGCGGGGCGCAGGAGGCGGAGGAGGCGCGGGUCUCCCGCAGCUGCAGCCAGCUGCCCCGAAACCUGCCCGUUCAGCUGCCCAGCGCGCUACAGUAACCAUCGCGGACCCCCAGCCGCAGCUGUUGGAGGCGCUGCUGCUGCCCUUCGAAAGCGCCCGCGGCAUCAAAGAGGCUCUCCAGGCCGUCUUUGCUUCGGACGCUGCCGAACCUGCAGGCUCGGAAGCCGACGGGGCGACCGUAGCUGCGGACGGGUCGCGGUGGUGGAAGGAGUCGGGCACGGAGGUUCGGGAGGGCGGGGAGGUUUGCGAUUGGACGGUGGUUCGGGGUGUGAGCGCGGAUGGGUCGGUGGAAUGGGAGGAGAAGUGGUGGGAGGCUAGCGAUGAGUUUGAUUUCAAAGAGCUAGGAGCGGAGAAGUCCGGGAGGGAUGCGAAUGGGGCUGUGUGGAGGGAAACGUGGAGGGAGGCGACUUGGCAGGACUCUAAGACUGGGCUGAUGCAUAUUGAGAAGACGGCGGAUAAGUGGGGGCAGAAUGGGGAGGGUGGCGAGUGGCAUGAGAAGUGGUGGGAGCACUAUGAUGCGACGGGGCGGGCGGAGAAGUGGGCGGAUAAGUGGAGCAAGAUUGACAUGUACACGCCGCUGUAUGACGGGCAUGCGCACACGUGGCAUGAGAGGUGGGGGGAGGAGUACGACGGCAGGGGAGCGGCGUCCAAGUGGUGUGACAAGUGGGCAGAGCGGUUCGAAGGCCACGAUGGGUACGGCAACCAGCUGUGGGCCAAGUGGGGCGACAAGUGGGAUGAGAAAUUCAACCGAGACAAGACCGGGUACCGGCAGGGGGAGACCUGGUGGCAGGGGUCCGGAGGGGACGAUGCCCCCCGGUGGAACAAGGUGUGGAGCGAGGGGCAUGACGGGUCGGGGUGGGUGCAUAAGAAGGGCGGCGCGAGCAGUGGCGAGGGGUGGGAUGUGCGGGAGUGGAUGGACACGUGGUUUGAUGCUUUCCCGCACUUUGGGUUCAAGCAGUGUCUGGAGAAUUCGCGGAGGCUCAUGGAGGUGGGGAGGCGGCAGGGCAAGAAGCAGAAGUAG